AUGGCAUCCAAAGAUGCAAGCAAGACAACAGCUUCGGCAAUAUCCCCGUCACUCUCCAGUGACGACUCGCGGAUCGAGGCAGCGACCCAUUUCAAUGCCGAGUUAGAAAAGAGGAUCCUGCGAAAAGCCGAUUUCUGGCUCGUCGGAUUCUACUCCCUGGUGUAUGUUUUCCGCGUUAUCGAUUCCGGAAACUACUCCAACGCCGCCAUCAUCAAUCUUGAAAACGGCACCGGAAUCAAAAAGGAGCUCAACCUGAGCCCAUCACAAUGGGCAUGGAGCCUGUCCAUCUUCUCGUAUAGCUACAUGUUCUUUGAGCCGACAAACACAAUACUGCUCAAAAAGUUCCGUCCGUCGGUAUGGAUGUUUGUUUUGAUUUUCUCAUGGGGCGUAUGCGCCUGCUGCGUUGGCGCUGCCCAAAAUUUCAAGGGCCUCAUGUGCGUCCGGUUUGCCAUCGGGAUGGCUGAAGCCGGCUUCUAUCCUUCAGUGUUGUACCACAUGGCAUUUUGGUACAAACCGUCCGAGAUGCCCUGGCGCAUCGCCCUGUUCUACUCUCUUGGCCAGGUUUCGAGCGCCCUGAGCGGGCUGUUGGCAUACGCAAUCAGCUUCAUGGACGGAAUCGGCCAUCUCGCAGGCUGGCGGUGGCUUUUCAUUCUUGAGGGUCUUCCCGCACUGGUUCUUGCCUUUGUCGCUCUAUUCUGGCUACCUGACUAUCCCGAGUCGGCCAAGAUGCUGACCGAGGAAGAGCGAGUUUUUGUCUCGGAUCGUUUGUCCGGCACCGCGGCGCCAUCGGGUAAGGAUAACAAACACUGGGAUAUGAAUGCCUUAAAGAGCCUGGUCAAGAGCCCUACGGUGUAUAGUUUUGGCAUCUACUGGAUUGGGCAUGGAAUUGGAGGAUUUGGUAUCCAGUAUGCGCUGCCAACGGUCGUGUAUCAGCUGGGCUUCACGAGCACGGCCAAUUCUCAAUUGAUGAACAUACCGCCAUAUGUAGCAUGCUUCUUCUUUCUCAACACCGUCGGAUACAUGAUCCACCGGGGAUGGAUCAGACCAUGGACCACGGCAGUCGCCAUCGAAAGCACAACUAUUAUAUGCUACAUCAUCCUAAUCACCGUCCCCAACUCUGUUGUCAAAUACCUCGCCCUGAUAGUCGCCACUGCCUGUGCCGGCUCUGCCUACCCGGUCAUCUGGCCAGAACGUAUCCGCGCUUUAGAUGGAACUAUUGCCGCCGGAAUAGGUAUAGGAUUUACCAAUGCAAUGGCCCAGUUCAGUGGCAUUGUAGGGCCGCAUGUAUACAGCACCGUGUUUGGACCGACGUACCACGUGUCGUAUGUGAUUUGUUUGGUGUUUUUAAUUAUUUCCAUUUCGGCAAUCUUGACCUCGUGGGUGCUUGUCCGGAGAAACGAUCAAAGGGUUGCUGCUGCUGCUGCCGCUUCUAUUUCUGAAGCUGAUACUGAUCGAGGAGUGUAA